AUGUACAACAACUACGGCCCCCCGCAAGGCUAUGCCCCCCAGGGCUACGGACCCCCUCAGGGCUACGCCCCCCAAGGCUACGGUCCUCCUCAGGGCUAUGGUGGCCCCCCCACGAGCUACCAUAUGCAGGCGGGCGGCGGUGCCCCCCCCCAGUACAACAACAUGAUGGUCCACGCGAACCCCCAGGGUGGUGUGAUGAACGGCAACAUGCACUACGAGUACUCGUCGAUGCAAGGCAAGCGUAAGGCGCUGCUGAUUGGUAUUAACUAUGCCGGUAUGAACAGUGCGCUGCGUGGCUGCUGGAACGACGUGCACAACAUGGCCGACUUUAUCCACCGCUACGCUGGCUACAAGCACGACGACAUGGUGCUCCUUACGGACGAGCCGGGCGUGCACCCCAAGUCGGUGCCGACGCGCGCCAACAUUGUGGCGGCGAUGCAGUGGCUCGUGGCCGGCGCGCAGCAAGGCGACGCGCUCUUCUUCCACUACUCUGGCCAUGGUGGUCAGGAGCGUGCGGUCGAGGGCGACGAGGAGGACGGGUACAAUGAGACGAUCCUCCCGCUUGACUACAACAUGACUGGCCAGAUGCCCGACGACGAGCUGCACGCGCGCCUCGUGCGCCCGCUCCCCAUCGGCUGCCGUCUGACGGCGCUCUUUGACUCGUGCCAUUCCGGUACUGCGCUCGACCUGCCGUACGUCUACUCGACCUCGGGCAACAUCAAAGAGACCAACAUCUCGAUGAACGUCGGCAAAGGCAUCCUCGGCGCCGCGAUGGAUUAUGCGCGCGGCGAUAUCGGCGGCGUGGUCUCUGGCCUGAUGUCCACCUUCAAGUCGGCGACGACCGGCAGCGGCGCGGCCGAGUACACGCGCCAGACGCGCUCGUCUGGUGCAGACGUCAUCAUGCUUUCCGGCUGCAAAGACAGCCAGACGUCGGCGGACGCGACCGAGGCUGGCCGUGCGACCGGCGCGAUGAGCUGGGCGUUUAUCAAGGUGCUCAACGAGUACUCGCAGCUCUCGUACCUCCAGCUACUGAACGCUACACGCGACGCUCUCGCGAUGAAGUACUCGCAGAAGCCGCAGAUGAGCGCGUCGCACCCCAUCGACAUGAACCUGCUCUUUGUCAUUUAA